CCGGGCAAGGGGCCGGGCAGCCGCGGGAGGGGGCAGCCCGGGAGAGAAGCAGGAGAGACGGAUUUAAGGAGUGGUGUGGGGUAGAGGUGUCCCAGCUGCGACCGUCCCUACCGCCACCAUGCCUGUCAAAGGAGGCACCAAGUGCAUCAAGUACCUGCUCUUCGGCUUCAACUUCAUUUUUUGGCUUGCAGGGACAGCAGUUCUUGCAAUUGGACUAUGGCUUCGGUUUGAUUCACAGACCAAAAGCAUCUUUGAACUGGAAUCCAACAACACUACAUUUUACACGGGAGUUUACAUCCUUAUUGGAGCUGGUGCACUUAUGAUGCUAGUUGGUUUCUUGGGAUGCUGUGGUGCAUUGCAGGAAUCUCAAUGUAUGCUUGGCAUGUUCUUCCUCUUCCUUUUUGUGAUUUUUGCCCUUGAAAUUGCUGCCGCAAUCUGGGGAUUUGCAAAUAAAGAAAAGGUCAUUGAAGAGUUAAAGGGCUUCUACAAGGAAACCUAUGAAAAGAGAUCUCAAGCAGGUGCCAGAGAAACCCUGAAGGCAUUUCAAGUAGCUCUAGACUGCUGUGGUCUUAAAGGAGUGAUUGAGCCACAGUACAUGGACACCUGCCCAAAGAAGCCUUUGCUCGACUUGCUUUCUCAAGUGUCUUGUCCUGAUGCCAUCGAUGAUGUCUUCAAUUCAAAAUUGAAUGUGAUUGGAGCAGUUGGACUUGGCAUUGCUGUAAUAAUGAUUUUCGGCAUGAUAUUCAGUAUGGUUCUCUGCUGUGCUAUCCGCAGAAACAGAGAAAUGGUUUAAGAGCCAAAAACACAAGACUGCUGCACUAUAAAAAUCUUUGUCUUUAACUUUAGCGUUCUGAAAGCAUUUCUAAAAAGUUAUAUAUUUGUUACCUUUUUAAUGCUUUACUUGGUACUGAUGUAGAUUUGCUUUUUAUGUUAUAGGUUAAAAUGAUAAAGGUAUAUCUGACUCAAAGACAAAUAUUGUACAUAAAAUAUCUGACUUUCUUGAAACUUACAUAAUUUGGAUGUAAUUUAUGUUGGAGACAAUUUGAUACUUAAUAAAGAGUAAGAUGUAUUGUA